CGGGCAGCAAUCAGGGGUCCUGUCAUUCUGACAGCGUGUCGUGGCGUCAUCAGCAGGGGACAUCAGCGCAGACACAUGUGCAUGUGAGGAAAUAUUGAUGUGAUUGAAUCGGUUAUCGCUGAUCCUCCGCCACAUCAUGGAGUACAUGCAGGAGCCGCCCUCCAGCAGCCACGGCAACAUUCUCUGCUGCACGUGCGGUGUUCCCAUCCCUCCAAACCCCGCCAACAUGUGUGUGUCCUGCCUGAGGACUCAAGUGGACAUCUCUGAAGGGAUCCCCAAACAGGUCUCAAUCCACUUCUGCAGGCAGUGUGAACGGUACCUGCAGCCUCCGGGCACGUGGGUUCAGUGCGCUCUGGAGUCCAGGGAGCUUCUGGCUCUGUGCCUCAAGAAACUGAAGGCUUCCAUGACAAAGGUGAGGCUCAUCGAUGCUGGCUUCCUAUGGACAGAACCCCACUCUAAAAGAAUCAAGGUGAAGCUGACCAUCCAGAAAGAGGUCCUGAACGGAGCCAUCCUGCAGCAGGUGUUCGUGGUGGAGUUCGUCAUUCAGGCUCAGAUGUGUGACGACUGCCAUCGAGUGGAAGCCAAAGACUUCUGGAAGGCAGUGGUGCAAGUCAGGCAGAAGACUGUCCACAAGAAGACGUUCUACUACCUGGAGCAGCUGAUUUUGAAGCACAAGCUGCAUCAGAACACCGUGCGCAUCAAAGAGAUUCAUGAGGGCAUUGAUUUCUACUACGGCUCUAAGCAGCAUGCGCAGAAGAUGGUGGACUUCCUGCAGUGCACCGUUCCCUGCAGGUCGAAGGCGUCUCAGCGGCUGAUCUCUCAUGAUGUUCACUCCAACACCUAUAACUACAAAAGCACCUUCUCGGUGGAGAUCGUUCCUGUGUGUAAGGACAACGUGGUUUGUCUGUCUCCUCGGCUCGCUCAGAGUCUGGGCAACAUGGGUCAGGUGUGCGUCUGCGUCCGGGUCACCAGCUCCAUACACCUGAUAGACCCCAACACCCUGCAGGUUGCUGAGGUGGAUGGAAACACAUACUGGCGUCACCCGUUCAACAGCCUGUGCAGCCCGCGUCAGCUAGAAGAGUUCAUCAUCAUGGACAUCGACAUUAUCAGAGGCCAGAGGUUAGGAGCGGGCGCUGGUCUCACGUCCAAUAAGCACACGCUGGCUGAGGUUUGGGUUCAGAAGACGUCAGAGAUGGACUCCAGUCAUCAGUAUCACUGCAGGACGUUCCUGGGUCACCUGCUGAACAUCGGAGACCUGGUGAUGGGCUUUGAUUUCGCCAAUGCCAAUAUCAAUGAUGAGUUCCUCAAUAAAAUGAACCCUCACCAUGUUCCUGAUGUGGUGCUGAUCAAGAAGAGUUACGACCGCAUGAGGAGAGCGAGGAACAGAGUGUGGAAGCUGAGGGAGCUGGAGCGCGAGAGAGACGCUGCCGACACCGACGACGAGAGACAAUACAAUGAGUUCCUGGAGGACCUGGAGGAAGAUGAGCUUCUGAGGAAGAACGUCAACAUCUUCAGAGAUGCCUCAAAGAUCCCUGUGGAAAGUGACACGGAUGAUGAUGCCGCUCCCAGGAUCUCUCUGGCCGAGAUGUUGGAGGAUCUGAGCCUGAAUGACGCCACCGGUGGAGAGGGGGCCGAUAUGAUGACUGAUUCGUGAACUUAUGAACUAGCAUCAGGUGUCAGAUGAUUGUAAAGGAUGAAAGUAGCCACACAUACAGGAUGAAUUAUCGAGGUCUUUACUCUGUGUCUUAAGAGAAUUGUAUUGCCUGAUAAGCUGAUGCAGAUCCACAGAGAGAAUAAAAUAUUUGAACCCAGCUGCUGUCUAUAUAUGACAGGUGGUUGAACAAAAACAAAAA